UUUCCGUACAGGCUCGUUAAAGGUGGUUAAGGGUACUGCUGGGUACGCCCCCACGCGGGCUCACGAGCACGCCCACCGAUAGCCCUCGCUCGAUCGCUCGGGAGCGCGCUGCGCAGCCCCGCUCCAUUCGCACUCUUACUACGCUCCGGGGCUGCGAUCCGCGCGCACACGCAGGCUGUUGGGUCGUUACCCCGGUUCCGAUUUACGGGUGGGUGGGAGCAGUCCCGGAUUUACCCUCGAACCUACACCACACCUGGCUUUCCUGCUGACUACCGACUGGUUUACUCCGAUUUACUCCGCCGGUGCCGCACGGUCCGAGGGUCCGACAGCCGGCACCCGAGUGCUUUCCAGCGGACGCCUCCUUGACCAGUCGGGCAGCUGCAUGUGUGAGGCCACACAUAGUGAUGGAACCCUGGCCUCAGGUGGCCUGGGUCCUACUGCUGACGCUCAUCACUGAUUGGUCCAAAAGCGCCCAAUCGCGGGACUUCACUGUGAAGGACAUCGUCUUCCUCCAUCCCUCAACCACGCCCUUUCCUGGAGGGUUCAAGUGCUUCAGCUGUGAGAAUGCAGCCGACAACUACAACUGCAACCGCUGGGCACCAGACGUCUACUGUCCCAGAGAGAGCAGGUACUGCCACACAUGGCACCAGAUGGACGAGCGCGGGGCCACCGUGUCGGUGACGAAGCGCUGCGCGGCUCUGCAGGAUUGCCUGUCUACAGGCUGCUCACCGCUCCCCCACCGAGGACACCAGGUCUGCACUUCGUGCUGCGAGGGAAACAUCUGCAACAUGCCGGUGCCGACGAACGAGACGGACGCCGUGUUCAUCACCGUGUCGCCUCUCAGCGGGGCCAAGCGCCCCUCGCUCUCCGCCUUUGCCGGCGUCCUCGCCGUCCUCGUCUCCGGCCACGUGUAGGAGAACAAUCCAGCUGAAAACACUACAGUAUUAAUACAGCAGAAUGUAUUAAUUUAUCAUUUUUGGAGAUCUCAUGACAAACGCAGACAUGUAUGAGAGUGGAGUAUUCAGUGAAGGUUUUUUUUACUUUAUCGCAUGGAGAUGCAUCUUUAUGAAGAAGCAGCCGUGAGAGGCGAUACUCACUAGUGCUGUUGCAUCUUCCCUUCAGUUGUAGGGAUGACAUAUUUCCAUGUAUAUAUAUUUAAUAUUUAUUUUGUACAGUACACUGACAGUAGGAUACUUGUUCCUUCUGCAUGUAGGAUGUUUUGCAUGUAGGUUAGAGCACAAAGGAGCAGAGCUUCCUCCACCCCCCCAUCCAUCCAUCCAAUGUAUGGAAAACAUACACAUAACAAAGGCAAAUAAUUGUGGCAUCCACCCUGAAGUUACGGGAAAAUACUGGCUGAAACAUCUUUUACUCCUAAAAAUGGCAUUUUAUCAUACGUCAUGGCAAAAAAAGAGGUGUAUUUCGAUAUUUUUGCGCCGAAGACUGAAUGUCAUUGUUAACCCAGCUCAGGGAGGAGAAAUGCUUUUUCAUAGUGCGGAAAAGGGUCCCGCUGCUCUCUUCCUUUCGCCACUUACCUCUGUUGGCAAUUGCUGUCAGAAAUGUGCAGAGUAGCUGAAAGUGUUUUGUCAGCGGGGUGCUGUCGUUUAUUUAGGCAGGCGGCCUGCGGGUACGAGGCGAUACGUUUCCUUUGUACGAACGCCGAAGCGCGGCUCUCUCCGUAUCAGAUCCCGUCGGAGGGUCCGACUCCAGGGAGGGAGGAGGGAAAUCACUCCUGGCUGGUGCCUCUCUGAUUUUAUGUGGAUUUUUCUGCAAAACAGUAGAUAAAACAAUUAAAACAUACAUAAAGUAUUUUUGGGGGGCGAGGUUACAAGGUAAAGGGUUCAAUAGUUUGAAGUCAGUUUUAUAUCGCUAUUUCUAAUCAAUAUUUCAUGCUUUCUGCUCAUCAUCUCUUUGUCAUAGUUCUGUACAAAACUGUAUAAAGUGUGAAUAUACUCUACAUUUAAUAAAAGGCAUUUAGUAAAAGUAUUUGUUUUUUUCCCCCCGAUUCCUUCUCAGAUUGAGAAAUACAAAUUUGAUAUUUUUGCCAAUUGGCUGUUUUGAGAUUCAAUGUAUUUUUGGCCUUGCUAUUUAUAUACCAUUUUGCAAUAAUUUGAUCUGUUAUUCCACAGGCUGAUUUAUCUCUUCCACGACUGGAGAGUUUCCACACAUGGAGCAAAUCAAAUGUCAGCACUCUUUUUUUCAUUCCCUUUAAACAAUUGCUUGUUCCGUGUUCAUUAGUGCAUAAAACGAGUGAUGACAUGUCAUUCGUCAUGUAUUUGUUUAAAAUCUCCCGACCCGGGAGGCUCAGAAACUCUAUACGGAGGACAAUUUAUGCUUAGGAGAGUAAUUGCAGUGAAAGUUUGGGCGACUCUCCCCGCGCAGAGUUGACGGGUUCGAUAUAAACAAAGAGGCAUUAUCUGGGAAAGCGUGCGCACGGUCCGGGCCUUUCCAAACACACCACCUGUCUGCCGGCGCUGCUCACUGUAGGCCUCACACAUGCAGAAACACAUGUGUAAAAGGGGCCAGAGGUGAUUGCAGUAAGUAGAGUGUUCAUUCACUCACUCACUCACUCACUAUCAAUAACUGCUUUCAAUAAGCAGAGUUAUUAGUAAACACGGGAGUGAGACGUGGACUCCUCGGACAGAGGGACCGUGGUAAUUUGGCUCACGGAUGUUUAUGAUGAUUCACGAGCACGGCAUCUUUCCCUCUGCAAAGCAGUUGGACACCCUGCCAUUGAAGCUUCUGUGCGAGUUACUCACAAAUAUUGCAAUCCCAGCUCCAGUUGAGGUACCGUGAUUAUAGUACUUACCCUGCUCUAUAAAUGUGUACAUCAUGGUAGGUGGAUCAUCACUGUCUUUUUGGAGAAAAGCGCCGGUUACACCAAAUAAUUAUAAAAGUAUUCAGUCUGUUGUUUCAGUGGUGGUAUUAUAUUUACCUUAAUCAAGGAUGUGAUUGGUUGAAACUGUCAAAUAGAAAGUAUCUACAAUAGCUGGUUUUGUUAUGGGUAAACUGAUCUAAUGCACUCAUUGUACUGUAUGUCUGCUAAAUGAAGAAAUCUAAAUGGAAAUUACAUGAUGCAGAAGAAUAUAACCAAAUGGGCAAAACUGCCACUGUACUGAAUAAUAUGCUUGUAUGAGU